CUGACAAACGCACAGUUGCGGUUUGUCCUAGUCGACGCGUAGACAAUAAUAAUAGUAAUAAUAUUUAUUAUCUAUAUACGAAGAAAUACAUCCAUUGGAACGGGACCGCCGCCGUUGACGGUAGUGAGAAAAACCAAGAAGCGUAUUUUUUAUGCCCGACAUUUUCAUUUUUACUCGCGACAUUUUAACGCGGCCGCAUCAACUACUCCACUCGGAUUAUCAUUUUAUUUAAUUUUUUCUCGUCGAGUACCUUUACCCAUUUUCCGAUAUUGAUGAAAUACCUACUUAACAGUCAACAGUUAUCACCGUUGCAGUCCAUCGAACGUAAUAAAUAAUAACAAUAAUCAUUGAUCGCGAUUGUCGCCGAAACGACAGCGACAAAAGCGCCCGAGCUUCGCGCUUUUCGCCGGACCCCGGAGUAGAAGACAGGCGGACCGUGCGCAAAACUCGAUCACCGCCACUGCGUGACGGACGAACGACAAAAUGAUGAAUACUCGCCAGUCGCCAUUCACCGCGAUUCGCGUGCUAUCAUGUUAACCAUUAAUAAAUAUUAGAUAAUAGAUAAGUAUAAAUAAUAAUAAAUAGACUUGCAUUACACACGUACUGACGUGCCUAGAUCUAAUACUAUUCGCCAGUAGCCACCUACACUAUCGCUGGUGUGUGUGUGUGUGUGUGUAUGUGUAUGUGUAUAUUAUCGGUGAUUGUAAGAAAUAGUGUUAGUGUGCGUGCGUACGCGUUCGAUUAACGUCCUAGUUCCGAUAUCGUUUCGUUUUAUACACCGUCUGUUUUUUUGUUAACAUUGUUUCGCCACUAUCGUGACCGCCGCCUCUCGCAGCCUCUGGAGAGGUACGUUUUCGAACAGCGCCACUGCGAGAUCAGUGCAAGGCGUGAACAACGUUUUUUAUUUCGCUUUUGCCAAUCGCUUCGUUCCUAUCGUAAUUUUGAUCUUAGUCUCGUUCUUCUGUUUCACCAUCCAUUCGUCAGUCUAUUGACAUGACAGUCGCUGCUAUGGUCACUUGGAAACUACUGUAAACUCAAUUAACUCUACGCUAGCCAGACUAAUCGUGUCAACGAUCUAUCGUAGACAUUUGCUGCCCCACUUCAAUGAGCGUCUCUUCAAACACAGAAUAAUGAACGGUGUACCAAAGAAACGUACAAACUUGCGCAUCAAAGCUUUCCCGAUGACAAUGGAUGAAAAAUUAAUUGACAGUAUUUGGCUGUUAUUGAAAAACGCUAUUCAAGAAAUUCAAAAGAAAAACAAUUCUGGCUUAAGCUUUGAAGAAUUGUAUCGAAAUGCUUAUACCAUGGUAUUAUUAAAACAUGGCGAAAGAUUAUAUACUGGCAUGAAGGAAGCUGUAAUAAACCAUUUAGAAAAUAAGGUCAGAGAAGAUGUUCUAAAAGCAUUAAAUAACAAUUUUUUACAAGUUUUAAAUGUUGCAUGGAAUGAUCAUCAAACUUCUAUGGUGAUGAUACGUGAUAUAUUGAUGUACAUGGACCGAGUUUAUGUUAAGCAUAAUGAAGUUGACAAUGUUUAUAAUUUGGGUCUCAUUUUAUUUCGUGAUUUAAUUGUUCGCUAUGGAUAUAUUCGUGAUCACCUACGAAUGACUCUGUUAAAUAUGAUCAAACUUGAAAGAAAAGGUGAAGUUGUUGAUCGAAUAGCUAUUAAAAAUGCUUGUCAAAUGUUAAUGAUUCUUGGAAUAACUGGACGAAUGGUUUAUGAACAAGAUUUUGAAAAACCAUUUUUGGAGCAAUCUGCUGAAUUUUAUAAAAUGGAAAGUCAAAAGUUUUUAGAUGAAAACAGUGCAUGUAUUUAUAUAAGAAAAGUUGAAUCUAGAAUUAUAGAAGAAUCUGAACGAGCAAAACAUUACCUUGAUGAUUCAACUGAAUGUCGAAUUGUUGAGGUUAUUGAAGUAGAACUAAUUAAAAGAAAUAUGAAAACCAUUGUUGAAAUGGAAAAUUCUGGUGUUGUAUACAUGUUGAAGAAUAACAAAAUUGAUGAUUUAGCAUGUAUGUACAAGUUAUUAUCUCGCGUUUCAGAUGGUUUAAAAACCAUGUCUGAUUGUGUUAGUCAAUAUUUACGGGAAAUAGGAAAAUCACUUGUACAGGAAGAAAAUAUUAAUACUAAUGCAAUCAGCUAUAUUCAGAGUUUGCUGGAUCUGAAAGAUAGAUUUAAUUUUUUUUUGGUUCAUUCUUUCAACAAUGAUAAAAUGUUCAAACAAAUGAUUGCUGCUGAUUUUGAAUACUUUUUCAACAUAAAUUCCAAAUCACCAGAGUAUCUAUCUUUGUUUAUUGAUGAGAAAUUAAAAAAAGGUGUUCGCGGGUUAACUGAAAAUGAUGUGGAGGUAGUUUUAGACAAAGCUAUGGUAAUAUUCCGUUUCCUCCAAGAAAAAGAUGUUUUUGAAAGAUAUUAUAAACAGCAUUUAGCCAAGAGAUUACUUUUAAAUAAAUCUGUCAGCAAUGAUAAUGAAAAAAAUAUGAUCUCAAAGCUCAAGACUGAGUGUGGCUGUCAAUUUACUUCAAAACUGGAAGGCAUGUUUAAAGAUAUGUCCAUAUCUAACACUAUCAUGGAAGAAUUCAAAGAAUACGCUGCUAAAUCUAAUAAUCGAUAUUUACAUUCUCUGGAUCUUACUGUGAGAGUAUUAACCACAGGAUUCUGGCCUACUCAUGCAUUAUCAAAAUGCAAUGUACCAUUAGUUCCAAGAAGUGCUUUUGCAGAAUACCGAAUAUUUUAUCUGGGAAAACAUAAUGGACGGCAACUAACAUUACAACCACAACUUGGUUCAGCUGAUUUGAAUGCUGUAUUCUAUGGUUCAAAACGACCAGAUAAUGACCUAUCAACAAGUGUAUCUUCUUCAGUCAAUUCACUCAAUCCAUCUACUGAACGAAAACAUAUAAUUCAAGUAUCGACUUAUCAGAUGUGUAUUCUUUUAAUGUUCAAUACCCGUGAAAAAUUAUCCUUUGAAGAUAUUCGCAGUCAAACUGAUAUUCCUGACAAAGAUUUAAUAAGAGCAUUACAAUCCUUAGCAUUAGGAAAACCCUCACAGCGUAUUCUUUUAAAAACUCCUAAAUGUAAAGAAAUCGAAUUAACUCAUGAAUUUUGUGUUAAUGAGUUAUUUACAUCAAAAUUACAUAGAGUGAAAAUUCAAACAGUUGCAGCUAAAGGUGAAACUGAACCAGAAAGAAAAGAAACUAGAAGCAAAGUAGACGAGGACCGUAAACAUGAAAUUGAAGCAGCUAUUGUACGCGUUAUGAAAUCUCGCAAAAAAAUGAUUCAUAAUGCUCUUGUGUUGGAAGUUGUUGAACAACUCAAAGAUAGAUUCUUACCUUCUCCAGUUAUUAUUAAAAAAAGAAUUGAAGGACUGAUUGAAAGAGAAUACCUAUCAAGAUCAGCAGAAGAUAGACGGACUUAUCUUUAUGUUGCAUAAAAUGUGUAUUUAAUAUUGUAUAUUAAGUCUUCCUAUGUAAAAAUUGACAAAACAAAAAGGUAAUAUUAUUAAUUGUGAUCACGUUUAGAGGAACCACUAAUGAUUUCAACUAGAGAUGACCUUUGAUUGAAAUGUGAUUUUAGAAGUUAAAAAGGUGUACAAAAGAUUAUAUUUGUAGAAAAUUGAAAAUUUCAAUUGUCUAACUCGUUUGAUAUGUGUAUAUAAAUUACAAUUUGAUUUUUUUUUUAAUUGUAACCAAUUGUGUUUCCUGCAGGUUUAGAUAAACAAUUUUAUAUAUUAAAAAUUUUUGCAAAAUAUAAAAUCCACUUGAAUUAGAAUAA